AUGGCUUUUAUGCUCUUGUCGCAGACACUGCAGCGAUUCCUGUCAGUAUGUUAUAGUCUCAAGGACUGGAUGGAGAUUACAUUGAUUUAUCCUUUGUCACGCCUGAUCCACUGGCCCACUUGUCAUGAUAUUGAUGUGGGACCUCAAUAUGAUUACGAAGCAAGACAAUUUAUCUCUGGUGGGCUAACUGGGAUUGUGGAACUCCUUGGUGAUGGUACCAUCAUUAAAUUGCUGUUUCCUGAUGCUGAAAUGAAAAACCACAUCCUUGAUAUUGCUAAAGAAGCUAGUAUCUAUCAUCGCGUUGGCCCACAUGAAAGGCUGGUAUGGAUAUUGGGUCACUCCAGGGAUGGCCUUAUUCUUAAGUACAUGAAAAACACCGUCUCUCUCCUGCAUAGUAACAGCAUAAUCCACUGCGACAUCAAACCGCGAAACUUCCUCUUGGACGCGGCUCUCAAUAUCAAAAUUAUUAACUUCUCUGGCUCUUUGCUAGAUGGAUCUAAACCGGCCUCUAACCUGCCUACCGUGGCUAUAGAUCUGUUUGCACUUGGGUCGACUCUUUAUGAGGUUUUUCAAGAAACCAGCCCCUACGAGGAGAUCCCUAGCGAUCAAGUGGAAGUACUAUUUAAGAGAAAGGAGUUCCCUAAUAUUUCUGCUAUUCCAUGCGGAAAGAUCAUCAAGCAGUGUUGGUUGUCCCAAGUCAAUUCAGCUGAACAUGUGCAGGCUUUCAUCCGAGAUAUAAUUCGCAGCAAGCUUAACACCGACUGUAGCCCUCAUCUUGAUGGUUUGGACAUUGCUCAGGGUAUAUUAAUUAACCAAGUGGGGUAUCCUUCGGAUUGGGGCAGUUGA